AUGGGGCUGGCCGCCUGCCGCCUGCCGCCUGGGGCCUCGGGGAGUCCGCCAAGUGGGGGCCUAGGGGCUGGGGAGCUAGCCGGCGGAUCUGCGCGGUCGGGGCCUCACCGAGGAGGAGGACGCGACUGGCGCGCCGCCACGGUCGUCUGUCGAUGCAAGUCGGCGGAGACGAGCGACAAGAGCGCUGUUAGGGUGGGGCUGACCAACUCCAUGGAUGGUUAA